AUCAGUCUUGCUCACCCCGCACUUGCGUCGACCGCGUAUCGCUCAAUUAUUUUGUCGGGUGUGGGGUAGCAGAUUUAUAAAUCCUUUUCUAAUAAUCUUUUUAGCAAGUUAUUUGCUUGCAUAAUGGCUAAUUGUAUUAAGGAUAUCGGUGACAUCGUUAAGAAGGCGAAAGUUUUACUACUGGACAUAGAAGGGACAACAACAUCGAUCAGCUUUGUUAAGGACAAGUUGUUCCCGUAUGCCUCGGCGCACGUGAAGCAGUACCUAGAGGCGCAGUGGGAGACGGCGGAGGUGAAGGAGGCCGCCGCCGCGCUCAGGAAGCUGUCGCUAGAGGAUGAGGAGAACAAGGUCGACGGCGUCGUCAAGAUCCCUGCUGAGGAUGCGUCCAAGGAAGACCAGAUCGAGGGUCUGGUGAACAACGUCAAGUGGCUGAUGGGCGCGGACCGCAAGGUGGCGCCACUCAAGACUCUGCAGGGACUCAUCUGGAAGCAGGGGUAUGACAACGGCGACAUCAAGGGACACGUCUACGACGACGUGCUAGCGGCGCUCGAGCAAUGGCACUCAGUAGAAGGGCAGAAAGUCUACAUCUAUUCAUCCGGCUCGGUGCAAGCUCAGAAGCUGCUGUUCGGCCAGUCCCUCGCCGGGGACCUCCUCAAGUACAUCGACGGCCACUUCGACACCGCGGUGGGGGCCAAGCAGGAGGCCGCCAGCUACACGAAGAUAGUCGAGCAGAUCGCAUGCAAGCCCGAGGAGGUUCUGUUCCUGACUGAUAUUUUGAAAGAAGCGGAAGCGGCGCGCUCCGCCGGUCUCCUGACAGCACUUCUGAGUCGCGAAGGCAACGCUCCCCUGCCGGAUGACGUCACAGACUCCUACCCAGUGCUGCAGACCUUCGCGCAGCUGACGCCCAGCAACAAGCGCAAGCCCGAACAGGAAGACGAGCCACUGCAACCCGCUAAAGUUCCUAAGACUGAUCCAGAAGUAGCAGAGAAACCUGCUGCAGAAGAAGCAAGUGCCAAAACUGAUGUCGAAAAAACUGAAAAAAUGGAAGUUGAGGAAGAGAAAACCAAGACUGAAGAAACUAAAACCGAAGAUAAAGCCCCUGUGACAGUAGAGACUAUUGUUGAAGAGAUCACAGACACAAAAGAGCCAAUCGACGCUCCGAUGAUCGAUGCCGAACCAAUUGUUACUGAAGAUAAGACUGAAGCCGAAAAGAUAGUUGAAAAGGAACCUGUUAAAAUGGAAGAGGAGGUUAAAGUCGAAACUGCUAAAUCAGAACCUGCGAAGAAUGGUACCGCUGAACCUACAGAAGUGAAAGAAACCUCAACUCCUACUGUUAUAACUGAGAUUGAAGAAGUAACUGACAAGCAACCGAUUGAUGAAGUUGGUGAAAUUAUUGAGGACCUCGAACCUAUUGUAGAAGAACCACAGAGCGUUGAAGCUGAAAUGGCCGAUUUACAAAAUGUUGGAGAAGUGCUAGAAAAGGAAUGCGAUGAGAUUCUGUCCAAAGUUCAAGACGUCACGAAUCUGGAUAGCAUUGCGGUUAAACCUAUGUUGAACUCUAUUGCCGAGGAAAAUAAUAUGGAGACGGAAAACUUAGAUACUAACGAGUUAGUAGAUAGAAUAUUAGACACAGAACAAGAAAUGAAAAUGGAACGGGAUAUCGAGAAUAGCAACAAAGCGAUUGAUGUAGCAGCAGAGGCAAAGAAAUCCGAGUCUAGUGCAGCGGCAAACGGUGUUAAAGAUGAAGUGAAACCUGUAGAGGCACCUGUUCCAGAGGCCAAGGAAAAGAAUGGAGAUGAGACAUCAAAAAUUGGUGCCACAGAAGAAUCGAAAGUAGAAGAAAGCAGUCCCACAGAAUCGAAACCAGCAGAGGAAAAGGCCACAACCGAAUCACAAAAACCCGAAGUCAAAGCUGAAGAAAAAGUCACGCCUGUGGAGAAAGAGGUGCCAGCGGCAGAAACAAAAGAAGUAGCGGCCGUAGAAAAAGCCGAAGAUAUUAAAGAAGUUGCAAAAAUGAACGGCAAUGGAACUAACGGUAACACAGAAGCUCUCAACGGAGAUGCCAGUAAACAGGAAGAGUUAAGUGCGAGGUUAACCGCCGAGAAUGGUAAAGCAGUGAACGGUGCCAAUGGGGACUCGAACGGUGUGGAAGCUAAAGAGGAAGGCAAAGAGGUAGCAGAGAUCAAGGUCAAGAGCGUCCCUGCGGUGGAGGCGCCCACUGAUCCAAUAGAGCAGGCUACAGAAGCAUAAGGUACUGGUAGGUAAGUGGGGAUCGUUGGAUAAUGCAGGGCACCGGAACGGUAGUUGGUCCACAUCAGAAUGACAAGACUGAGGUUGCUUCCAAGCUAAACUCUUCCUAGUUUAUACGUGUAUUGAAAUUUUACUCUACUGCCGCGGCGGCUCAAAGUAUACACUGUCUUACUCCAUUUUUGUUCAGGUAAAAACAUAUUUCGAUUGAUUUAUAUUUAUUUUAAAGUUCUGGGGCUGUAACUUAAUUUGGCACAUUUCGGUGGAGACAAAGACUUUCUAUGAAGCUUAUCCAAGACUCAGAGUCAAUUUCGCCCAUUUUGAAGAUUAAUUUACAAUAACAAACCAGUGAAGACCAUGCUUGUACUCGGUGCAUUCCAUACUUACAGUGUGUACUUAUUGUCGCCUAUUUCGUAUUUGACUAAGAUAACUUUUAUUCGUAAGUAUUAACCGUAUUGUGAUUCUUAAUAAUUGUAUGUAUUCAAUUUAAUGUAUGAAUUACCUUUGUGUCAAACAUCUCACUUUCAUUUGAAGUUGGGUUACAGGUCUCUUUAAUUUAAGUAAUAACAAUCCUUUGUGAUGUUUGGUAUGUGAUAAUGAUUGCUAUGUGAGAUAGGAGUGUUUUACUAUUAUUUUAAGAAAGACUGUGAAUUAAGGAAUGCCUAGUGUGUUUAAUAAUAAAUUCAAUUACAUUUGGUACAGGCCUACAGGCGCCUAUGAAUGGAUGCGAAACAAAAAUAGAAAAGUUAUGUUUUAAUUGAAUUGCAAUGUCUAUAGCUUCAAAUAGAAUGGGCAUAUGAUUUGUCCUAUGCCGUUUAUACUAGUCUCACAAUAUCGUAGCCAUUGAAAUACAAUUGAAACAUGGAAAAGGUUACUGCAGCAUAAUUUUAUGUGUCCUUUUGGGUAUACAAAUCCUUCAUUAUAUCUAACUAAUCAUUUUAGAUAUAUUAUGACAGUAUUAUAGGUUUGAAUUGAAAUAUCAUCGUUACAUAGACAGCAAAAAUUCUGAAGUAGAACGAGAUGUAGUUAUAGCGAACUUUAUAGGUAUAUUGAAUUGUAUGAUAGAAAACCCAUGUGUAUAAAACCAUAAAAUGUGGUUUUAAAAAAUCUAAUCAAAAAUAUUUUUUCUCACUUUUGUGUUCAUGUGCAGAUUGAUUAUUUUAUCAGUGAACGAGUUGAAGUCGUUAGGAUAUGUUUCACUUACUUACCGUCAACUCGAUCACCAAGAAAAUAGCAUUCUGUAUAGUUUUGUUUGACAGACUGAUUUUAAUAGGUAUUUUAUUGGUGAUAAUUUUUGAUAAGAAUCUCACGUAGUACGGAAUCUAGUCGUUACUAUGAUUUGUAAAGGUACAGUCAUAUUUGGUAGGUUUUAAGAGGACACUGUAAGCCGAUUUCAAAUGAAAGAUCCUUUUGUCUAGACUGAUUUUUUACUGAGUUUUACAACCUAUAUAUUAAGCCCUUUCUCAUAUCUAAUCACUUGUCAUAAGUUCCUUAAUUUAAAUUUAAAAUCUGAUGCUCUUCUUCAGCCGAUUUCAUAUAAUAUUAUAUUUGUAAUGACAGACACUGAAUAUUGAAUUAUUUAAUCAAUUCGUUUCUGUAAAUGUGUGGGUGAAGAAGAUGCAUCUGCUUUUGACGGAGACAUCACACUUCCUAGUAGAGUUAUGUACAAUGACUAGACAAGAGCAAAUUCCUAAUCAAUAAGAUGUAUUUAAAUUUAUCGUACAGCAUUUAAUAAGUUCAUACAGUUUUCGUUGUAGGACGUACAUUUGAAAUAGUCUUGAACAUUUCAUUGAAAUGUAAUAAUUUAAUUAGUAAUCAUCAUCAUUAAUGACGUUGAAAUAUAAUGGAAGUAGAAUUUUUCA